UACAUCAGUAAAUGUUGCCACAAUUCGAAUCUAACUCAGUACGUUUGAGUUACAUACUGUGCACGGCAGAAAUCGAAGAAUACGCACACCGUGACAUGCACCGUUGCAGUGAACUCGGCAACGGACAUUACAAUAACUUAUCAUCAACCUAAUAUUAUUACUUAUCGUCAUAAUGAUUUCGAGGGACAUCAUCAAUUAUCUAUUUGAUUCAUCAACGGUUAUCGGCGUGGCCAUUGCAGUAUUGACGAUCGUUUACUAUUAUUCAACUAGCACUUACGGAAAAUGGCGAAAACUAAACGUGCCCCACGAGCCACCGUGGCCGUUGGUCGGUAACACGUUUAAAAUGUUAGCAACGCUCGAACACCAAAUUGACACAUUUGACGGAAUUUACAAACGGUUUGCCGACGAGAGGUAUUGUGGUUUCUAUCAAAUGAAGACGCCGUUCCUGAUGAUCCGUGAUCCCGAGCUCAUCAACGCCGUACUGAUCAAAGAUUUCUCGCAUUUCGCGGAUCGCGGCUUUCACAAGGAACCGUCGACAAACAUACUAGCUAAUGGGCUGUUCUUUUUGUGCGGUCCCAAAUGGAAAAUAAUGAGGCAGAAACUAAGCCCGGGAUUCACGUCCGGUAAAUUAAAACUGACCCACGACCAGAUAGUGGCGUGCAGCGAUGAGUUGAUGCGGUUUAUCACGGCCAAAAUAAAGGAAAACGAUCAGCUCGAAGUCAAAGAGAUCAUGAGCAAAUACUCUACAGACGUCAUCGGGACGUGUGCUUUCGGUUUGAAAUUGGACACCGUCAAGAACGACGAUUCGGAUUUUCGCAAAUAUGGAAGGCAAAUAAUCCAAACGAAUUUCAGAAUUAUUUUUACCCAGAUAUUGUCACUUAUGUCGCCAAGAUUGACAAAACUGUUGGGAAUCUCCGAGUUUUCACCCGAUGCUUCGAACUUUUACGAGUCAGUAUUAAACGAGGUCAUCAGGGACAGAGAGGCGAACGGCAUAGUCAGACAUGAUGUGGCGCAGAGCUUGAUUGAAGCAAGAAAACAAUUGGUGUUGAAUUCGACGGAAAAAGAUGGAUUUACCGAACAGGAUAUUGUCGCCAAUGCGAUUCUGAUGUUCCUUGCCGGUUUUGAACCCGUGUCUUCCACGUUGAGUUUCUGUUUGUAUCAGUUAGCAAUAAACCAAAAUAUUCAGGACAAAAUGCGUGACGAGAUGAAUUCUAAGUUGAAAGAACAUGGACAAAUGAACAAUGAUUUUCUCAUGGAUCUACAUUACACCGAUAUGGUAUUAGCAGAAACAGGACGUAUGUACGGAAUAACUACCGCUUUAUUCAGAGAAACAGUGAAAACAUACCAGAUACCCGGCGAGUCUUUGGUUAUUGAAAAGGGGACCAAAGUUAUAAUACCUAUAUAUAGUAUUCAUCACGAUUCAAAAUACUACCCCGAUCCGGAAACAUUUGAUCCAGAAAGGUUUUCCCCGGAAGAAAAGGCUAAACGGCCGUCUACUACUUAUUUACCGUUUGGUGACGGACCACGGUUUUGUAUAGGAAAACGAUUUGCCGAAUUGGAAAUGAAAAUGGUUCUUUCACAACUAUUGACGACGUUUCGAGUUUUGCCAUGUGAAAAAACUGAUUAUCCGCUUAAAUUUCGAAAUGGAAUAGCCAUAAUGGUAACAAAAAAUGGAAUUUGGCUGCGUUUUCAAUCAAUUUCAAAAUGAUUAUUGGUGCUUAUAACUUGUUACAAAUUAUGCUCUCAACUAAUUAUAUUGUUAUUAUUACUAUGGUAGAUGGGACCUAUAGCAUAGGUCAAAAAAAUAUCUAUUUUGAUUAUUAUUAUAAUAUAGUGUAAAUUAUAGAUAAAUUUCAAUAUCUAAAUCUAAACUUUUACAAAUUCUUAAAAAUAUUAAAAUAAAUGUUAUUCAUUUUUAUUUAUAAACGUAAGAUAUGUACCAAUAUGCAAUUAUAAUGACAUUUUCAAUAUUGCUAUUUAUGUUAAAUACUAAUAGUACUUAAAACAUAAUAUAUUAUUAUACAUCCUAAUAACUUAAUGUGUUAAAUAAAUUCACAAUUGUUUUAUAAUUUAAUAAAAAGUGAAUAUCAUUGAA